AUGAGCGAUAGUGCACAAGGUACCUCGGGGGGAGAACGGCCUAUCAAAGGCUACGUUGACCCAAACUUCCCCAAUCCCAACGGUGAAUGGGAUGUUGCUGUCAUCAUCUACGGUUAUACGCCCGCCUUUUCUCUGGCCGUGUUCGCAGCUGCUUGGUUCGCACUCUUCUUGGUUAUUCACCUCUUCCAGACGAUUCGCUACCGCAGCUGGUAUUUCAUCACGUUCCCCAUUGGUCUUCUAUUCGAGAUCGUUGGCUACGUUGCCCGUUCGCUCUCGGCCAAGAAGGAUCCGUACCAUCUGCUGUACUUCAUCCUUAACUACUUCUUCAUCGUCACGGCCCCUGUGUUCCUUGCUGCCGGCGUGUACACAAUCCUCUCGGCUUUGAUCCCUCGUCUUGGGCGUCGAUACUCGUUCUUGCCGCCAAAGUUCAUUCUGUGGUUUUUUAUCACGUCUGAUGUUAUCGCUACGGUUGUUCAGAUCACGGGUGCAGCUCUCAUUGGCGUGAGACAGUCGAACCGUGAUGAUCCAACUGAUGCCAACAACAUCCUCCUUGGAGGACUAGCCUACCAGGUCUUCUCCCUUAGUAUCUUUGUCGUCCUCACAGCAUCGUUCCUCUUCCGUGCUCGAAGGGAGGUUAGUUCACGGGGCAAGAAACUUAGCCUGUUUUGUGUCGCUUUUGCAGUAGCUACCAUCAUGAUCUACCUGCGAACAUGCUUCCGUCUGGCAGAGACGGCUGAAGGCCUCGGAGGAAAUUUGUCUUCGAACGAGAUUUACUUUGCUUGUCUUGAGUUCGCUCCUGUGGCGCUGGCUGUGUUGCUCUUCGCUAUUUGGCAUCCUGGAAGAUGUGUGGGCAAGAAAGUGAGAGUGACCGAUUUGGAAAAGGAACACACUCGGGUCCAAGACUUUUAA